GGCAUAGAGAGAAAACGCAGAGCUCGUUCAUGCGUGACAGCUUGAGAAAUAAGAAAGUUGUGUGGUGAGGGAAAAUCCAUUUUCUUUCACAAUAUUUCUAGAAGCAAACUGCGACAAGUAGAAAGAAAUCGUUUUUUUUUUCUCCAUUGUCGACAGAAAACGUCUUCUGUUGACUCAUUUCUUUUCUUUUCUCUUUCAUACUACUUGAAAGAGAGAAGAAAAUUCUUCUGAGUAAUUCGUAAACCCAGAAUCGGAAUCUGUCUCCGUUGUUUCUGAUUUUAGUAAAAGAACAGAUUUUUAAAGAAGUCUGGUUUUUUUCCUGGAUUUCAUUUUCUUCUGGGUAUUGUAAGAGAGAAGAAAGAUCGAGUUUUUUUUAAGGAGGAUGAUUCCAUUGUUGAUUAUAUCAGCUCUUCAGUUAGCAGAGUUAUCUGUUAGCUCCGUUGCUCAUAUGCUCUAUGGGCUUUACCUAUUCAGCUCCGCCGUCGCCGGAGAUCUCACUCAGGCGUUGAGCGAAUCAAUCUUUAAGCCCAAAACCUCCAUUGAAGUCAAACAAAUUGACCAUGCAAAGACAGCAGACGUCAGUGAUUUGCCUCCCAUUGUUUUAGUCCAUGGAAUCUUCGGAUUUGGCAAAGGAAAAUUAGGUAGUUUAUCAUACUUUGCUGGGGCGGAGAAGAAAGAUGAGAGAGUGUUUGUGCCUGAUUUGGGAUCUUUGACGAGUGUACACGAUAGGGCAAGAGAGCUGUUUUAUUACCUGAAAGGUGGAAGAGUUGAUUAUGGAGAAGAUCACAGUAAAGCUUGUGGGCACUCUCAGUUUGGUCGUCUAUAUGAAAAAGGGGAAUACCCAGAAUGGGACGAAGAUCAUCCCAUUCACUUUGUUGGUCACUCUGCUGGUGCUCAAGUUGUUCGUGUGUUGCAGCAAAUGCUCGCUGACAAGAUGUUUACAGGUUAUGAGAACACGAACGAGAACUGGGUGUUGAGUUUAACAUCGCUGUCAGGAGCGUUAAACGGGACUACUCGAGCCUACCUUGAUGGAAUACAGCCAGAGGAUGGAAAGUCACUGAAACCAAUAUCUCUACUUCAGAUUUGUAAACUUGGAGUCAUAAUGUAUGACUGGCUCGACAUUUCUUGGCUUAAAUCCUAUUACAACUUCGGGUUUGACCACUUCAACAUGUCGUGGAGGAAGACAGGUUUACGUGGCCUUGUCGAUUGCCUUCUUGGAAACGCAGGUCCUUUUGCAUCAUCUGGAGAUUGGGUCCUCCCUGACCUAUCAAUCCAAGGAUCGAUGAAGCUCAAUGCUUGUCUCCAGACUUUCCCAAACACGUUCUACUUCAGCUACGCGACUAAGCGUACUAGAAAACCUCUUGGGAUGAUGACCGUUCCUUCAAGUUUGAUGGGAGUUCAUCCUCUGCUUUUCAUACGCGUGCUGCAGAUGAGUCAGUGGCGUUUUCCUCGUGACAUCCCUCUGCCUUAUAAGGGUUACAGAGAUGAAGAUUGGCAGGACAAUGAUGGAGCACUGAACACUAUAUCCAUGACUCACCCACGAAUUCCUGUUGAGCAUUCUAAUCUCAUUGUUCGUAGUGACUCAGAUUGUCUCCCGCUCAAACCGGGCAUUUGGUACUACAAGAUCGUGGAGGCGGAUCAUAUCCUGUUCGUUGUGAACAGAGAGCGAGCAGGAAUGGAGUUUGAUUUGAUCUACGACAGUAUCUUUGAGCGGUGCAGGAAACAUGUAUUCAGGCAAAGCCCUCAGACAUUGCCGAAUGAAGUUCAUCAGCAAUGAAGAGGAGAGGGCCAAAAUGUGAUCAACUAAUGUGUAUAGCUUCCCUUUUUACAACAGAAUCCUAAACCUCAAGAUUGAUGUAAAUGGGCUUAGAUCUUAAAAAAAAUAGAAGCUCUGUUUCGUUUUUAAGAAGCCUAACGAAGGAAGCUUGUUUCAUCAUAUCUUGAAUCAUGAUCUUCACUAUAU